UUCACACGAGCCUUAUCUCCAUCUCUGUGCCAGCCUCCGGACGCCGCACCGUCUCCUCCACCGGACCAAACAUCGAGGAUCAAGUUUUACAGACAGAACCUCUGCAAUCAUGUCCUCAGUGCUGCAGAAGCUGAUCAGCCCUCUGGCCAGCAGCCCCUCUGAGCCCCCCAGGAGCAAGGUGACAGUGGUUGGGGUGGGCCAGGUGGGCAUGGCCUGUGCCAUCAGCAUCCUGCUGCGGGACCUGUGUGAUGAGCUGGCUCUGGUCGAUGUGAUGGAGGAUCGUCUGAAGGGAGAGAUGAUGGACCUGCAGCAUGGAAGCCUCUUCCUCAAGACCUCCAAGAUCGUCGCUGACAAAGACUACGCGGUGACAGCCAACUCUCGUCUGGUCGUGGUGACGGCCGGUGUGCGCCAGCAGGAGGGAGAGAGCCGCCUCAACCUGGUGCAGAGGAAUGUCAACGUCUUCAAGUCCAUCAUUCCUCAGAUCGUCAAAUACAGUCCCAACUGCACACUCAUUGUGGUGUCCAACCCUGUGGACGUGCUGACCUAUGUGACCUGGAAACUGAGUGGUCUUCCCAAGCACCGUGUCAUCGGCAGUGGCACCAACCUCGACUCGGCCCGCUUCCGCUACCUGAUGGCCGAACGCCUCGGCAUUCACGCCAGCUCCUUUAACGGCUGGGUGCUGGGAGAGCAUGGAGACACCAGCGUGCCAGUGUGGAGUGGCGCUAACGUGGCAGGAGUCAACCUGCAGAAGCUGAAUCCUGAGAUUGGCACUGAUGCUGAUAAGGAACAGUGGAAGGCCACACACAAGGCGGUAGUGGACAGUGCCUACGAGGUCAUCAAGCUGAAGGGCUACACCAACUGGGCCAUUGGUCUGAGCGUGGCAGACCUGACUGAGAGCAUCAUCAAGAACAUGAGCCGUGUCCAUCCGGUCUCCACCAUGGUCAAGGACAUGUAUGGUAUUGGUGAGGAGGUCUUCCUGUCUCUGCCCUGCGUGCUGAACAGCACCGGCGUGAGCAGCGUGGUCAACAUGACCCUGACAGACGCCGAGGUGGCCCAGCUGAGGAACAGCGCUGACACGCUGUGGGGCAUUCAGAAGGACCUGAAAGACAUCUGAACAUACCCACCCACGUUAUAUGUAGCCAUGAUCCAGAGAGGUCUGUUGACACGCACACUCCUUUUCUAACGUCCCUUUCUCUUUUGGAUGUAUGGCUCUUAUUGUGAAAGACAAUACCAGUGUUUUAAAAAAUUGUGCCAGUGAAAAAUUCUGCUUUACAUGCAGGGGCCUGAUUUGAUUGAUUUUUUAUCAGUGCUGCAUUGUUUCAAAUUCUACUUCAGGUCAAUCACCUGUUACCUUUAAGUCUCAAAAAACACUGGUAUGCGCCUUUUAAAAAAUAAGCACAUUUGCUCCCCAACACUCAACAGUCUGUAGGCUGAAGUUGCUGUGUUACUGUGUUUGUGUUAGGACAUGUAAGAUGACCUGUGUAACUGUACUGUUCAUAGAUUCUUGUGUUUGGACCAAGAUCAAAUGCAACCCUCAAAAAGCCAGAAAUGUCACUGUCCUCCUCCGGCACUCUCUGUACUGAGUUGUUGUACUUAGUUCCGUGCAGGGAAUCACUGAAAGACCUUAAAUGUCUAGAGAAGGACCCUAAAAAUCCUAAAGACACUGUUUUCCUCCAGCCUUCAUCUUAAAGACAGAUAGAUGACUGCACACUUAGGUCAAAAAAUGAAAUUGUGACAUUGUGACUGUGAAGGUGGAUUUUUCUUCCCCUCCUGUUUCCUCAGUAUUAGCAAAGGGAGAUGGAGCAGUAGGGAAGAGUGGAGGCCUUCAGCUCCAGUUGUUUUUUUUAAACAACUGUUGUGACUGUCUGACGUUGUCUUGUAAACUGUUUUGGAAUCAGGAACGUGUAACUUAAUAAAUUUGAACCUCAU